UCAAGAAGUAUUGUCUUUGUAUUUUAAAAUUAACAAUCUAUAUAGUAUUGAGUUCAGUAGUGUUCAAACAAAUAACAGGUUCAAACCGGGUCUUAGCGAUGUAUUUACUUUUUAAUUCAGCCUUUUUAUGAAGAUUAUUUAAUCAAUAUUUGAUUAAUAAUUUUAUGUAACAACCUGAAUGUACAGUGUUGUUUAGUUCGAUACAUUGGUGAAAGAGUAAAUAAAAAUUCAAAUAUAGGUUUAUUAAAAAAAUAAACAAUAUAUUUUCGGCAGCCCUAAAACAUACUUUAACUAUGCAAUUUUGCUGUUAGCUGACUCAUAUAUCAAAUUACUGUAAUUUAUUGAUUGAAGUAUAAGUAUUCUAUUAAAAUGUGGGAUAAAGUUAUAUACGUUUUUAUGAUAACAGUUGCAACAUAUAUAUUAAAGCAACUCUUUUCUGAAACACCUAACUAUGUCAAGUUUCAGUCAAAAUUUUUAGUAUUUUACAUAUGGGCUUCAGUUGUGUCUUUGUUCUUGAUGCCAUUUUUUGUGUUUACUCCUAAAAAUGUCAAGAAUUCACUUUUUGGGACACAAAUAAUAAAGCAUGUAACAAAAUUAAUAGAGGUAAAAUGGCAUUUAAGAAAUGGCAAAGUUCUGUCUGAGGACAGAGGAGCUGUAAUUAUAUCAAAUCACCAAUCAUCUAUUGAUAUACUGGGUAUGUUUAACAUAUGGCAUGUAGCUGUUAAAAUAGCAGCUGUAGCAAGGAAAGAGCUGUUCUAUGUAUGGCCGUUUGGUCUGGCAGCAUACCUUGCUGGUGUCGUGUUCAUUGAUAGAAACAAUUCAAAAGACGCAUACAAAACACUUAAGGCCACUUCCGAGGUCAUGAUCAAGAAUAAGACAAAAAUCUGGUUAUUCCCAGAAGGAACGAGGAAUAAAAAUAUUACAUCAUUGUUACCUUUUAAGAAGGGAGCAUUUAAUAUAGCUGUGGCCGCUCAAGUACCUAUUAUACCAGUCAUCAUAUCUCCAUACUACUUCAUUAAUACAAAGAAAUAUAUUUUUAAUAAAGGUCAUGCCAUCAUGCAGUGUUUAGAACCAAUUCCAACGAAGGGUCUUACAAUGGAUGAUGUGCCGCAACUCAAAGAUAGAGUUCAGAAUAUAAUGGAGCUGGCUUACAAGGAACUUUCAAAAGAAGUCUUGAGUUUAUUGCCGCCUAAUUAUCCUUUAGUUGGUCAGGACUGAUUUUUUUUAUUAUAUCUCAUAGUAUGAAGUUUCAAUGAGUGUGUAGUAGACCUUAUCUAUCAGUUACUUCUGUAUAAUUGCACUUUUUAUUGCCAUUUAUAUGUAUUUUGUAAUUUUUAUAGUAAUGUGAUUAUUAUAGGUUAAUCAUUUUAAUACAAAUAUACCCAUCUCUUAAUAUUUUUUUUAUCAUAUUCAACUAUAUUAUUAAAAUAUUCUCUUUAAGUUUAUUUUUAAACACCAGAUGGUGUUGUUUAGUUAAUCUAUAUAUGAAUUAUAAAUACCUAGACUUAAGAAUGUAUGCUUCAUAUUCAUGUCUUAUUUGUAAAAAAGUUUUUUACUUCAACAUUCUCUGAGUGUGGAUCUUAUUAAAGUGAAUUUUAUAAAACUUUAAUGCAUAUAUAAGAAAUUAAAAUGUAUCACUUUCAAAUUGUUACUUUUCCAAAAUAUAACUUAUAUAAAAGAUUUUUUAACAACCUGUGUAUAUUAUAGUGGGAAACAUAAACAAAAAUAUUAAAAACUGUGAUAAAAAAAAAAAUAUGAUUGAAUUUAGAUUUCAUUUUUAAACUAGUCCUUUAAUAUUGAACCUUAUUUAAAUAAUUGAUGUUAGAAAAAAAUGUGUUCUAUUUUUAAAAAUUUGAUACAGACUAUUGAUAUGUAAUGUUUGUAAUCCGAUAUAAAUGUUUAAACUAACAUAAUUCACCGAAUCUUAGAAAGUAAUCAAUUGCACAAUGCAAUGAGUUCUAAGUAAAAGGUGCACUGAAUACUAAAUAUUUUUACGUCAUGUACCCAUCAGUAUUUCGAAAGUAAUUGGGCUGUGGAAUAAUUACGAAUGAUAUGUAAAGAAAAACGUGAUUUAUUGUUUUUACUUUUAUGUGAUAUACUUUGUGUUUUAUUGUUAAGCUGUUCAAGAACAAUGUGUUUUGAUGUUGAAACUCAUUGCAAUUGUACCGAACUUGUAAUUUGUGACCUCUGCUGUUGGAUCACUUGUACGACAUUUCUGAAUAUUUGAAUUAUCUUUAAUUGUGUAUCCAACAUUAUUAACAUUGAGUGAUGAUUAAGGAACAAUAUUGUUUUCAUCACAACAUAAUGAUGUAUAAAAUCUUUUUGUUGCCCAUUACCUCUAUACUUAACGACUAUAUUUAUGGAUCUAGAUUUUUAUUAUCUAUCCGGCAAACGUGCAAAUAAUAUUUAAUUUAUAAUGAGAAUAUUUACUCUAUUAUAAAUGGACAUAAAUUUUAUUUGUGGCACCACAGACGGAUUAUUUUAUUGAAUUUACUUUUUAUACGGCAAGGAAAUGAACAUUUCGUGAAUGGUGUCAUCAUUGCCGUUUUUAUAGUCAUUUAUAUAUGAGAAAAUUUAUAAAUAUUUAGUUAGUAAUUUAUAUGUAUAUUGCCAAAGAGGGCCCAGUAUUGUCUUUGACGUUAGUAUUGGAUUUUUAUCAAUUCAUAUAUGUACUUUUAUUUUUAGUCUUUUAACAACGUAUUCUUACAUGUUUUGGAGUGGUAAUAUUAUUUGUGAGAUGGGAAUAUCAAAAAAUUAUUAAGAUUUUAAAGCAAAUGAUUGUCAAAAACUUAAAAAGAUUAUUUUAAACAUGUCAUUUACUAUAUAUGUACUCUGUAUUUAAUACUCUUUAAAAUUUGAAAUUAAUUUACCUAGCGCUGACGGUUAACGGUUUUAUCAUUAAAAUAUUAUCGGUCAUUUAAUUUUAAACAUCUGCUUUUAUUUUAAGAAAGUUAUCUUAAUUUAAAUCAUUCUAGUCUAAAUUGAUCAACUCAAUGUAUUGGCAUGUGAAUCAGUAAAUAAUUCAAAUGGAUCGUAAUGUAUUUUAUAAAACAUAGAUGACUGUAUAAAGGAAGUUUUAAAUAUAAAUCAAAUUGUAUAUUUUAAUAGUAACUAAAAAGUGUAAUUCAGCUUCCCUAAAACUUGUCUGUCGAGUCUGUGCCUCCGGAUGGAAAAUUAAAAAAAAAUUGGACGUUUCCUUCACCAUUUGUAUUAAGUCUUUAUAUUGGAUUGAUUCCAUCAUUUUAUAAACGACAUUCUGAAUUUUUGUUCAAAUUAAACUGUAUACAUCUAGUGUAUGAAAUGUCAAACUUCCAAGAAUCUUCAGAAGAAGAAUAAUACAAAACUAUGUAAAAAAAUUAUAUAACAAUAUUAUAUCGAUGUUCUUAAUGUUUUAAAUGUAUGUUUACCAAUAUAUGAACAUUUAUUAACAUAAGCAAAAUUUACUUUAAGCAGAUUGAUAUUAUAUAUGCUAUAUUUGUGUGAACUACCUAGGAUAAGUCUUAAUCGAGAUCGUCAACGUCAUCUUAUAGCCAAUCGACUGCAAUAUAUAUAUUGCUGGUAAGACACACAGAUAAAAAACCAUUCUUAUAAUAUUUUUUCGAGAUUAUUAAAGUUAGGCAAUGGUCUUAAAUAUACAUCCAAAAAUUUAUUAAAAAUGUAAUUUUUAAUUAAGAAGCCAAUGCAUUUAGUAUCAUAUAAAUAUACAGCAGCAAUCCUUAAUAAAGUAUGACGUCAUAUGAUGAAUGCAAUUUAUUUUUUGUAUGAAAAUAUGUGUUCAUGUUGCAAUAGUUCACUCAAACUAGAUACAGCUGUAUUAUUAUAUGUAUAUUAUUAGUUAUUAUGACAGUAUUGAUGUAAGACUUCUAGUGUACAUUCGGUAGUUUUGUUUCAUUAUAUUCUUAUAAUCUUAACAUGCUUUUUUAAAUAUUGUGAUGUCUAUAUCUAUACUUAUAUAUCGUGUAUGUAAUAUCAGAUAGGUGAAUAUUUUUUCAUAUAUUUUAUUAUAUGUGGACAAUCUUAUUAAAUGUUUACGUACAAAAA